UGGAAAGUCAACGGGUGUGAUUUAUUCAUCUAUCCUCCCCCCGUCUUUUUGAAUCUCUGAAAACUCAGAAGAGAGAAGAUUUGAGCUACUCUCCGUCAGGUUGUGUUGUAAUCUUACAUACAUAUAUAGAAUCCGUCUGCGCAUGCAUGAUAUAUAUGCUGCAUAUGUAUAUGUAUGUAUCUUUCACGCAUUCAUGAGUAAGUAGUCACAGAGGUUCUUCUUCCCGCACGUCACCGAUCUUGAGUGACGUUUUCAAGGAAACGGUUUCUUGGUUUCAUCUUCUUCAAUAAUAAUACUAUUUAAUUUAUAACAUAUGGUCGUCUGUCGUUGAUCCAAGAAUCAAUGGCAGAGGAAGCCCCCAAUCCCGACAUCACCCGCAAGGACGACGCCGGGGCUGCUUUUGUGCUGCAAUCCAAAGGGAAAUGGUGGCACGCUGGGUUCCAUCUGACGACGGCGAUCGUCGGGCCGACAAUACUGACGCUGCCCUACGCAUUCCGGGGUUUGGGUUGGGGGUUAGGCUUUCUGUGCUUAACUGCCAUGGGUGUAGUCACCUUCUACUCUUACUACCUCAUGUCAUUGGUGCUCGACCACUGCGAGAAGGCCGGCCGCCGCCACAUCAGAUUCCGUGAGCUCGCCGCCGACGUCUUGGGUUCUGGUUGGAUGUUCUAUUUCGUGAUAUUCGUACAAACAGCCAUCAACACUGGCAUCAGCAUUGGAGCUAUUCUGCUGGCAGGUGAAUGCCUCCAGAUCAUGUAUUCAAAUCUCUAUCCCCAUGGAGCCAUGAAGCUCUACCAGUUCAUAGCCAUGGUCACACUGGUCAUGAUACUCCUCUCUCAGUUCCCAUCUUUCCAUUCUCUCCGCCACAUCAACCUCGUCUCCCUCCUUCUCAGCUUCGGCUACACUUUUCUCGUAGUCGGGGCUUGUAUUAAGGCCGGUAUGUCCAAAAACGCCCCACAGAGAGACUAUUCUUUGGAAUCUUCGGAAUCAUCCAAACUGUUCAGUGCAUUCACUUCUAUAUCCAUAAUAGCAGCCAUUUAUGGGAAUGGUAUACUGCCUGAAAUACAGGCUACUCUGGCUCCACCGGCUGCUGGAAAAAUGGUGAAGGGACUGAUCAUGUGCUACUCUGUGAUUUUUGUUACAUUUUACUCUGCUGCUGUCUCGGGAUAUUGGGUUUUCGGGAAUAAAUCCAACUCGAACAUUCUCAAAAGUUUGAUGCCCGACGAAGGACCUUCCUUGGCGCCGGUCGCAGUUUUAGCCGUGGCGAUUGUCUUGGUUCUUCUCCAGCUCUUCGCCAUUGGCCUUGUGUAUUCUCAAGUAGCUUAUGAGAUAAUGGAAUCGAAGUCGGCGGAUGUGAACCAGGGGAUAUUCUCCAAGAGAAAUUUGAUCCCGCGGAUUGUCCUGAGAUCUCUGUAUAUGAUAUGCUGUGGAUUCUUUGCUGCAAUGCUACCUUUCUUCGGCGACAUAAAUGGUGUGGUAGGAGCCAUAGGAUUUAUCCCUCUAGACUUUGUUCUGCCGAUGCUUCUCUACAACAUGACCCACAAACCGGCGAGAUCAUCCCCGGCUUAUUGGGUCAACAAUACGAUCAUCGUUGUGUUCACUUGUGUCGGGAUUAUGGGGGCGUUUUCGAGUGUAAGGAAGCUGGUUUUGGAUGCCAAACAAUUCAAGUUGUUCAGUAGCGACGUAGUUGAUUGAGUUCGUUAAUUAUGAAUUGAGCUUUUGCUAAGGCAAGAAUUUUAUGAAUCAUGAUAUAUUGAAUAUCGUUAUUGAAUUUUGAUGGCUAGUAUAUUUAAAUUCAUGACAUUAUUCGAUGCCAUAUGUAGAAGGGUGCCCUUGCCCUUGCCCUUAGCCUUGCCUAUCUAGGGACAGGUCAAGCCAAAAU